UCACCGUCUCCCGCUCCGGCGGGGCGCUGGCCUUUCGUGCGGGCUUGCUGCAAGCCCGGCUCCGAGCGCGUCCCAGUGCCGGCUGCUGCCGCCGGGCGCUCGGCUGCAAAGCCCUCGAGCUUCCUUCCAACCAGGGCUUUGGGCACCUUAUUCCCGAGCAUCCUCCGCAGGCGCCCGAUGGACCCGGGAGCCCAGCAUGGACCUGUCCAGAGACUGCCGCUGCCAGGCAGCGUGGGAACGUGCCACGUUGCCCGAUUUCCUAGAUUUCUCCCCCAAAAUGCUGUUCAACUCAGUUCUGCCUUUAUCAGGAGUGCGUCUGCCGUGCUCGGCUCCACCGCCGUUAAUGAGCAACCAGUGCCCUGUGCUCUGCCAGGCGUCGGGUCACGGCCCUCCAGCUUAGCCACUGCCUACGUAACCUUUUUGCUGCAGUUUAGCAACGUUUGGGUCCAAAUUGUGGAUGUUUCAAUCAGGAGCGAAAUGCUAAUUGAUCAACUGCAGAGCAAGGUGCUGAUCAGCUGGGGAGACUUCUUCACUUUAUGGUGGCCCCGGGAAGGCACCUCCAGCUCCACUGGCCAAGGAAGGGCCAGAUCCUGACAUUCAACCUUGGUUUUAAAGGUUGACGCUGCCAGAUCGCCUUGCGGCAUCCCUGUUUGCUGGACUAAAGACUGCAAAUCCCAUUGCAGAGGGUAAUUUUUGAGCCUAACCGAACGAUUUUCCUAAUCCGACAGCUGUGCUGUCCGGGAGCUCACACUGCAGGAAGAAACGGUUGGAGACAGGGCCGGACUGUCUCCGCCGACUCUAGAAGCAGCCUCAGUCGCGGCCGCUCGGACAAGACGCCGCCGUCCCCCGGCUCCGCAGGCACCGCGCCGGACGAGCGGGACCGAUGCUGCUGCUGUCACGUCACAAACUCCUCCUCCAUCCCUGCCUGGAGGCUGCGGCCCCUCUGGGGAGCACUUAAUCCGUGGAAUAGGCCGGCUCUUGUGCCGCUGGCGUCGUGGUUUAACCUGCCCCGGCACGGGCGCUUACAGCGGAGGGUCCUCGAGGCUUUGCUGCCCGGGGGCUGCCGCUGCCUCCCCCCGGGACCCAGGCAGUCUGCACGCGGCGGUGGAAAACUGUGGUUUUAACCACAAACCGCAAAGCAGAUUCCAAGAUUUGCGCUCGGCAGCCUUCGCUGUUGGCCCAGCCCCGAGACGGACCCGCUCCGAGGCGCGAGCGGCCGUGCCGGCUCCGACCCGCUUCUGCCGAGCGUGGAGCGGCCGGAGGCGAUGGGGUUGCCCUGGGCCGGGAGCCGGGACAGGGUUCCCGGGGCUGGAGGAGCGGGAAUUCCCACGCUCCCGCAGGGAUGCUCACGCUCCAGGCGGCUCCUUCCCUCCCCGUCGGUGGGGAUGGAAAAGCAGAGGCCGACGUGGCCGGAUCCUGGCAGCUCCCCAGCCCACCUGUGCAAACGCUCCUCCGCCCACACACCUCCCCGCUGGCUUUUCCCCGUUUCUUAUGCCAAAAAGUGCCGGCGAAGGGGCAGCGGAGCAGCCAGCCAGCCGCGCUCGCUGGUGGGACCGGGCUCCCUGCACGUCGGGCUGGAUCCGGCCCACGUCGUGCCGGCUCCUCGCUGGCUGCAUCCCCCGAAAGCAGGGGGGGGAAGAGACGGACCUUUGACGAGACGCUGCCGUUUCGCAGGGCCCGGAUCCCGCCGGGCCGCGUCCUCACGCCGCUCUCUUGCAGGAGGCGCAGGCUCUCCCGCGAGGGGCUCAACGCGACGGCCCCGGCGGUGCCGCAGCUCCGGCCGGACGCCGGCUGGCUCCAGUUCCACCUGGGCAUCAGCCGCGACGGGCUCUACCCCCGGGCCAGCGCCGCCGUCGGCCGGCUCCUGCGGGACAUGCAGGCGCUGAGCACCGUCAGCGCGGACUACAGCCAGGACGAGAAGGCUCUGCUGGGCGCCUGCGACUGCGCCCAGAUCGUGAAGCCCAGCGGCGUCCACCUGAAGCUGGUCCUCAGGCUCCAGGACUUCGGCAAAGCCAUGUUCAAGCCCAUGAGGCAGAAGCGCGAGGAGGAGACUCCCGAGGACUUCUUCUACUUCGUGGACUUCCAGAGGCACAACGCGGAGAUAGCCGCCUUCCACCUGGACAGGAUCCUGGAUUUCCGGCGGGUCCCCCCCACCGUCGGAAGGUUGAUCAACGUCACCAAGGAGAUCCUGGAGGUCACCAAGAACGAAAUCCUGCAGAGCGUCUUCUUUGUCUCCCCAGCCAGCAACGUGUGCUUCUUCGCCAAGUGCCCGUACAUGUGCAAGACCGAGUACGCGGUGUGCGGGAACCCUCACCUCCUGGAAGGAUCCCUCUCCGCCUUCCUGCCGUCCCUCAACCUGGCGCCGCGACUCUCCAUCCCAAACCCGUGGAUCCGGUCCUACUCGUUUGAUGGAAAAGAGGAGUGGGAAGUGAACCCGCUCUACUGCAACACCGUGAGGGAGAUCUACCCCUACAGCAACAGCAACCGGCUGCUCAACAUCGUCGACAUGGCCAUCUUUGACUUCCUAAUAGGGAACAUGGACCGUCACCACUAUGAAAUGUUCACCAAGUUCGGGGACGACGGCUUCCUCUUACAUCUGGACAACGCCAGAGGAUUCGGGCGACAUUCCCAUGACGAAACCUCCAUCCUGGCGCCGCUCUCCCAGUGUUGCAUAAUAAAGAAGACAACAUUAUUACGGCUCCAGCUCCUGGCUCAGCCCGAAUACCGGCUCAGCGACGUCAUGAGGGAAUCCCUCCUGCAGGACCUCCUGGCACCCGUCCUCACUGAGCCCCAUCUCUUGGCUUUGGACAGACGGUUACAGCUUAUUCUCAAAGCCGUGAGGAAAUGCAUAGACACGUAUGGAGAAGGCAAGGUGGUGGCCAACGACACCACGCAGCCUGAGGCUCCCGCAUCCGACAGAGUGAAGCCGACCAGUUAAAACGGUCCUUAGCCUCUGUUCCCAGGAAGGGAAGAUCCCUGCAAGGCAAGCGGAAAACUUGAAUAGCUGCUAACCUCUGUCUACAAAAGCCUGUGAGAUUGAGAGGGGAAACUCUUGGAAGAUUUUCAGGAUUCACACUGGGUUCCUAUGCUGAAUGCUCAACCAAAGCCCCCAUGUUUGGGAUGAAAAGUUACCAAGUGUGUUGGUAAGUCUGGGUCCGACUGUGGCAGACCUUUACACCCCGAACACCAGCUCCCCCAUGGAAAAGCAGAGACCUCCUGUUCUGUAGCUGGCCAUGCCCCUGGGAGGGUGGGGGAAUACAUGGGUGUUGGCUUACUCAGCCUGCAUGGGAUCUUGGUCUCACUAGUGAAGGACACAAACUACAUCCAAGGGUGAGGCUUGAAUAAAGAGAUGCUAAGAGUA